AUGACAAGACACGCGCGGGGCUCAAUGCGCAGCGCUCGCGCCACGGCCGCUGCAGCUGCGCGGUGGCGCAUCGCCGGCGGCCCCCCCCCAGCUCUGACAGGAGAAGCUCCAGGCGCAAAGCCGGGCGGCGUGGGCGUGCGGGCCUCCGGUGCGGGUCGGCGCGCCCGCGCCAGAGAGCCAGGGGCAGCAGAAUUCGCCCUCGCGGAGGCACAGCCCUCGGCGCGAGAGGUCGCUCGCGGGGCGGCGGGCGCGAAGCGCGGCAGCACAGACUCCCCCGGACUGUUCAUUGCCGUUGCCGUGCUCCGCUGCCAGAGCCAGAUCAAAGGAUACCUACCCCGAGAGCUGCACUGGACAAGCAUGCCAAGCAAUACUUUCCGAUUGAGCUUCGGCCGCCUGGUGAUCUCAUCACAGCUCGUGCUGCGGUGGCGGGCCGAGUAUUACCUCACGUUCUGCCACCGUCGUGGCCCUUAUGCUGCAGCGGAUAUCCGCAACUUCUGUUGGCAGUGCCCUGGGUUGGCACGCGGCAGACAGGCGCACCAAACCCGCGGCGUGGUCACCGUGCUGAUCGACCCGGAGAGCUCGCACCCGGGCGCUGGCAGCUGCGUCGUCGACGGCGCGUACAGCGAGCAGUUCCUGCGGCGCCUGGAGGCGCUGUUCGAGCGCCUCCCUGCGUCCGAGCCGACCAAGGACAGUCCGAACGCCCGCAGUUACUUCUGCGACAUGGAGGGCUGGCUGCAACGCGAGCUCGCAGAGCCUCUCGGGCUGGCGGGGCCGACCAGACCGCCGGUGGAGGAGGCCAUGCCGCAGGCGCGGUUCCUGCACUACCAGCGGCCCGGCGGCGCACUCCCGCCGCACGUGGACCUGGCAAGGACGGGCGGGGAGACCGUGCUCCUGGACCGCCAGGACGACGCCCCCGACGCGGUGCUGGCGGAGGUGCGGCCCCGGCGGGGCAGGCUGCUGCUCUUCCCCCACCGGUGCCCGCACCUGGCCCGCCCGACCGUGGAGGUGCCGAAGCUGCUGCUGAGGGGCGAGAUGUUCGGCCCGCGCCCAGCGGGGCCAGCCGCGGCUGCCGCCGUCGGCGCCUACCCUGGCGGCACGAUUCUGCCCGGGAUAUCCUGA